CGGACAGAGAGGACGGAGCUCCCACACAAGCUGCUGCACUGUCUGUGGAUGCACAGCAGGCUGCUCACAGUCUGUUACUUUAAAUCAGGCUGUGUGUGAGAGAUAUGCGCUAACCGGACUCUCUUUUUUUUGGGGGGGGGGAUGAUUAUUUUAUUUGUCGAGGUUCUAGUGCGGUCCUUCGGCUCACAGAGAAGCGUGUUUGAUUAAUUUUUUUAAUUUUAUUUUAAAGAAUAUAUUUUUUAUUUUUUGGAUCAGGCGCAUUCAAUAUUUUAGAAAAAUUAUAAAAUAUAAUUUUUUGCCAUGAGGGAAAAUACUAGCAUGUCUAUCAUGGAUGUGACAGUGGAGGGAAUGAGCCCAGCGACUCCGAGGGCUCUGUUAGUGACAUGCAUGACUCUGCUGGUGUCCCUGCACCUGUUUCGGUGGCUGUGUCGGCAGCGGUCCCAUUCCUGCCCGCCCGGCCCCCUCGCCUGGCCGGUCAUCGGGAACGCACCGCAGCUUGGUAACGCACCGCACUUGUAUUUUACGCGCAUGGUGAAAAAAUACGGCAACGUCUUCCAGAUCAAGCUCGGCAGUCGGACGGUGGUGGUGCUGAACGGGGGGUCAAUCAAACAGGCGCUGGUCAAGCAGGGCUCCCACUUCUCCGGCAGACCGGACUUCACCUCCUUCCAGUACAUCUCCAAUGGGGACAGCAUGGCGUUUGGCAACUCCACGGACUGGUGGAAGGUGCACCGCAAAGUGGCCCAGUCCACAGUCCGGAUGUUUUCCACAGGAAACCCCCAAACUAAGAAGACGUUUGAAAAUCACGUGCUCAGCGAGGGCAAAGAGCUGCUGCGGCUGUUUCUGAGGAAAACGAAGGAGGACAAAUACUUCCAGCCCCUGACCUACCUCGUGGUGUCCACUGCCAAUAUAAUGAGCGCGGUUUGCUUUGGGAAGAGGUACUCCUAUGAAGAUGAGGAGUUUCAGCAGGUGGUGGGCAGGAACGACCAGUUCACCAAGACUGUAGGCGCAGGUAGCAUGGUGGACGUUAUGCCCUGGCUGCAGUACUUCCCCAACCCCAUCAAAACCAUCUUUGAAAACUUUAAGAAGCUCAACCUGGAGUUUAGUGAAUUCAUUCGAGAUAAAGUUGUGGAGCACAGAAAAACAAUCGAUUCAAGCACCAUCAGAGACAUGACUGAUGCCUUUAUAGUGGCGCUGGACCAAAUACGAGAUAAGAUGGGACUUUCUGAGAAAGACUAUGUGUCCUCCACAGUCGGGGAUGUAUUUGGAGCAAGUCAAGACACACUGUCUACUGCCCUACAGUGGAUCAUCCUCAUUCUCGUCAAGUAUCCAGAGAUACAGGCGCGUCUCCAGCAGGAGGUGGACAAAGUGGUGGACCGGAGCCGUGUCCCUGCUAUCGAGGACCAGCAGCAGCUGCCUUAUGUCAUGGCCUUCAUCUACGAGGUGAUGCGCUUCACAAGUUUCAUCCCUCUCACCAUCCCCCACUCCACCACCACAGACACAUCCAUCAUGGGCUACACCAUACCAAAGAACACAGUCAUCUUCAUCAACCAGUGGUCCGUCAACCAUGACCCAAGCAAUUGGUCCCAACCAGAUAUCUUUGACCCAGAGCGCUUCCUGGACCAGAGCGGAAUGCUGAAUAAAGACUUGACCAGCAAUGUGCUCCUCUUCUCCCUGGGCAAGCGGCGGUGCAUCGGCGAGGAGCUGUCCAAGAUGCAGCUGUUCCUGCUCACAGCUCUCAUAGCGCACCAGUGCAACAUCACAGCCAACCCUGCAGUGCCGGUGAAACUGGGCUACAACUAUGGCCUGACUCUGAAGCCUCACCCUUUCUCUGUAGCCGUGUCUGUGCGCGAUGAUAUGAAGUUGCUGGAAGCAGCUACCAGUCAGCCCUCAUCAGACUCACAAACAAAAGAAUAAAUUAGAUUCAAACUAUAAGGCGCUAAAAGACAUGAAGGCAGAGGAAAACGUAGAAACUUUAGCUUUUGUUUGAGGCUGAGCACCAUAUUUAAUGUCUGGAAAUCUCAGGCCACUGCUUUUGCUUUUUGAUCUCAUAUACAUUGUUUAAAAUGUUUCAUGUACCAGAGUCGAGACUGAUUUAACAGCCUUUGAUUACCGACUUAUUCUAAUCAGGGCCAGAAAGAAACAGCCUUGGUAUCCAAAUCAAAGAAGACGCACAUCUUGUAGACGCCAUCUCACCUGGAUCAAUCUCACAUCUAACUUCAAAAACAGUCUCACAUGCCAGCCAGCAAUUAGGUACACUCCUUUGAUUCAUCAGAUUAGAGGACUGCAGCACAUCGCCAGCUGUGAACGGGACUUUCAAAGCAAGCCACACUGCGGUUACCUGAGUUCCAAUUUACUGAAAAGCAGAAAGUUAAAGCUGUCGGUUAAUUUGUUUUAUUGUUUUUUUGCUGUUCUUUUUUGCUGUCAGUUAAAAGAAAACCAAAAAAAAAAAAACCCCAACAAAAAACAAAAUCAGAUUUUCAGGAAUCUCUUAAAUUCUCUUUCUCUCUGUAUUCUUUGUGUUUGUGUUUAUUUUCCUAAUUAGGGCUCCAAACCCUUUCCAGUGCAAUAUCGAACUUGUAAAAGCAAAAAUACGUGACAUUUGAAGGCAAGCACUAAACAUUGGAGUUAAUCCAUUUUUGUGUGAUGAAACAGAACGUGCCAAGGUCAGACAUCUUGCCAAUAAAUAAGCUAAUAGCGGACCCUAAAGCUUCAUAUCUGCUAAUAUUAAAUAUCUGACUAAAACAUAGUUGUUGUUUUUUUAAUAUAAGGUAUAUAUGUGUAGAUACUCAGGAAUAAGGCUGAUAAAAGCCAAAUAGUACCUUUUAAGUGCUAAUGUGAUACAUCUAUAUUCUGAAACCUGUUGUAGAUGCUGUUUUAAAGAACCAGGCAAAGGAGGAAAACAAGGAGUACCCCGAGCAGACAUGCUGAAGGGAACACUUGUCUCUUCUUGCUGCCCAGUUCAUAUAUGAGAAAGUUAAUAAAGCUAAUAUUAGAUGAGUGUUGAAUUAGGGAUUUGCUUCUCCUUUUGUUUAAAUUUCAGUAAUGCCGAACCAGUUAUGUCCUCUUUUGAUUUCCACACUCAUGUUGCCAGUAACCAAAUUUCUUUUACCUUUUACUUUUUUUAAAUCCUAUUUUUCUGUUACAGAAAUGCUGCUGAAAUUGGCUUUGAGACAAUACAAGUACUCUGUUAAUUUUGUUUAUAGACUCAUCUAAUUGCUGUGUGAGCAUUGGAGACUAAUAGACUGACUGUAAAGUCUUGGAUUUGAGCAUUUGUUGGCUUGCUGCUGAUGCAUUUGAAUGAAAUUCUGGCUAAAAAAACCAACCGAUUUUAGGUGUUAACACAUUUACAGCAGGCGGAAAAGCACGAUGUCUGUGGACUUGCUCCACUGAUGCUGUAAUUUGCUUGAUGAGAUCAGAAAAGUAGGUUUCAAAAGUGGUAUUGAAGAUUAAAGCCGAAAGCAUGACGAAAGUCAAGAAAUACCUCAAAUCCAACAAUUUACAUUACCUUUACCUCAAAUGCGUUUUUUUAUAGAAAUAUAUACAUUUGUGUAGAUUUUUGACACAAACAAGACAUUUAGCUCUGCUUAAUGUAACAAUACAGUGCUUUAUGCU